AUGCAGCUCAUCCACUCCCUCCUCGCCGCUGCCUCGCUGGCCACCUUAGCCAACGCCCACGGCUACUUUGUCACUCCCAAAGCCCGUCAACCAGGCACCGCCUUCCAACAAUCCUGUGGCAUGCAAGCCUUCUACCAAAUGUCCGGUGACAUCAAUGGCAAUGUUCAAGGCCUGCAACAAACCACAAAAGGCCAAUCCGACUACAACCCCUCCACGUGCCGCCUUUGGAAAUGCAAAGGCAUGAAAUAUGCCGACAACACCGCCAACGUACAGAAAUACACCCCCGGCCAAUCUGUCGCUAUGAACUUCGCCAUCCGAGCUCCUCACACGGGCGUAGCCAACGUCUCCAUUAUCGACAUCACGACGCCCGACGGGACAGUCAUCGCACCUAACUUGAAGUCGUGGUCCGUUUAUGCUUCAAACUCGGCCUCGAUCCCUGAUGGUGAAGAGAACUUCUCCAUUACUAUGCCGACGAACCUGGGCAGCAAGUGUGCUCAGGCUGGCCAGUGUGCGAUCCAGAUGUUUUGGGAUGCGAGGAGUAUUGAUCAGACUUAUGAGAGUUGUAUUGACUUCUCUAUGCCGGCGAAAGCGGGCAAGAGGGAGGAGGAGCGCGGUCAUGCUAGGGACUUCACGGUGAGGGAUGAGAUUGAGGGUUGA